AUGGCUUCAAAAAAUAAAGAUUUCAAACUCAACUACAAAGAGGAGAAAACGUUUGAACAGCUGUUUACUGGUCAGCGAAUUGCAGUGGACCCGACGGGCCGUGUCAUCGUGUCACCCUGCUCAAACUCCAUCAAAUUCACCGAAAUUGAAAGUGCAAAGCAGAUUUACGACCUCAAAGUAAAUGAAUCCGAUUCAAAAGACGAAGAGGAGUACAUCAUCACAUUUGAAUAUUCACAAAACCGACUCAUAGUAGCCUACAACAGUGGCCUUCUGCGUCACUGGUCAAUAGACAUUGGCGAGGAGACGGAUGAAAAUGCUGAAACACACCUGCGUGUGGAUUGUGUUUUGCAGCGCACCUGGAAAUCGCUGCAUGCCGGUCCCAUUUCUUCCAUUAAAUUAGACAGCUCCGGCACACUGGUUGCUACCGGCGGAUCAGACAGUUCCGUGAAGAUAUGGGACAUUGUCAACAAUUACUGCACUCAUAACUUGAAAGAGGCGAAAGGCGUCGUCAGUACGCUCUUCUUUGCAACCAACUUUACCAGCGAAACAUAUCACCUGUUUGCCUCGGGUGACGACUAUGUGAUCCACGUGUGGAAUUUAAUCAGCAGCAAGCACGUCAAUGUGCUUCAUGGACACAACGGCAAAAUCACCGACAUUGUCUACUCUGACGACGACAACAAACUGAUCUCCUCUAGCCGCGACAAGCUGGUCAUUGUUUGGAAUGGCAGCACCUUCGAGAAGGAGCGCAUCAUUGCCAUCUACGAGUCGGUGGAGAGCAUUGACCUGGUGCCACGGUCUCAGUUGACUGUGCUGGGAAAGAAAAUUGCCAAAUCUGCACCAAACUCUGUUUUGGUUACUGCCGGCGAGAGUGGCGUUCUCAAACUAUGGGACUACCAAAGUGGAAAUCAACUGUACAAGCAGGAAAAGUCGUUGUUGCAGGUAAAAGUCAGCCGCGACACAGAUGAGGAGGAGAGCAGCGAAUCGGAUCAGUACACUUUGAUCAGUCAAAUCAUCUACAAUGCGCCCCUGGACCAGUUGAUUGCCGUCUCAUUCGAUAAGGACAUCAUCUUCCACAAUGCGGCCGACCUUUCUCCUCUGCGCCAGCUGGUGGGUCACAUCGACGAAGUCCUCGACGUGAAGCUGAUUGGAGAACAGCAGACGCACAUUGCUGUGGCAACUAAUAGCCCAAAGAUCAAAGUAUUUGAGUUGUCCACCUCAAACUGCUCCAUUCUUCUUGGCCACAGUGACAUUGUCCUCAACCUGGCGGUUUUCGCACAAAAUCCCUACCUGAUGGCCAGUUCAUCCAAAGACAACUCUGUUCGUGUGUGGCAGUUCAGCACCGACUGUACUUCAGCAGUGUGCCUGUACCAGGGAAGUGGGCACACCCACUCUGUUACAUCACUGUGCACUUCCAUGCCCGGGACAGCUGCUGACAAAUCAGACUUGUUCUUCCUCAGUGGCAGCGAGGACACCACGUUGAAGUUCUGGAAGCUGCCUGAAGACUUGCAGUCGUUUGAGGAGAAUCAGUUGGCGGACAACAACAGCAGCCAGCCGAUUGUGGCCAAGUUCACACAAAGCUGCCAUGAGAAGGCGAUCAAUUCGAUUGACGUCUCGCCGAAUAACCAACUGGUUGCGACUGGGUCGCAGGACAAGACGGCCAAGCUGUGGCUGCUGCCCAAUCUGAAGCUAGUCGGCGUGGUGAGAGGCCACAAAAAGGGAAUCUGGCACGUUCAGUUUUCACCUGUAGAUCAGGUGUUGGCCACUUGUUCGGCAGACUCCACCAUCAAGGUGUGGUCCAUCACCAAUUUCACCUGUCUGAAGACAUUUCAGGGCCACUUGUCGUCAGUUCUCAAGCUCUUCUUCAUCGACAAUGGAAUGCAGUUCAUUACCAGUGCCUCAGAUGGUAAUCUCAAAAUUUGGAACCUCAAAUCAAACGAGUGCGUCUCCACGUUUGAUGCACACGACGGCAAAGUGUGGGCUCUAACAGUAUCCAAAGACGAGGAAAUGCUAGUUACUGGAAGUGACGACUCAAAGAUUGUCGUCUGGAAGAACAUCACCACCGAGGUUCGGGAGAAGGAGGCAAUCAAGAGUGAAGAGGCAAUUCAAA